GCAUUGCCCUGAAUUGCAUCCUCCCACGGUUGUCUUCGUUGCCGUCUGGUCUCCAGAACGCAUCCCCUCGCUCGCCUUCCUCCUCCCGCUCUGCCUGCAUCUGCCCGGCCUCGGUCUUCUCAAGCAUGCCCGGAUUCAACCUCUUUGGCUCCUCGUCAGCCGCCCCGUCCUCUCCGUCCUCCCCCGCCGGCAGCUCGACGAAAUCCCUCCGAAAGCAGCAGCAGCAGCAGCCCUCCUCCGCCGACGCCUCGACCCUGAUUGCCGGCUCUUCCGACAUCGAUAUGGCCCACUCGCUCCACCAGCUCUCCCCGGUCGCAUCGCCAUCAGCUGCCUCCUUCCCGUUCCCGGGCCAGCAUCCCAAUCCCAUCGCCCCUCUCACCACCCCCCCUCCCACGGACUCGUACGAAUGCGCCCAGCUCGCCCAGGAGAAGUACGCAUAUGCCGAGCGAUUACUGUUUGGUCGGAACGGCGUCGCCAGGAACGAGGUGCUUGCUGUCGUCUAUCUCAAGGAGGCUACAUACAAGCACGAGAGUCACUCGAUGGCCCAGGCCGUCCUGGGAUUCUGCACCGAAUUCGGUCUCGGGAUCGAGCAGGAUUUCAAAGCAUCAGAGAACCUGUACAUUUGCGCAGCACUCAAGGGCAACGGUCUGGCGCAGGCUCGCCUCGCCUUUCUGAGGCGAUACGGCCGUCCUUCUGUCAAAAUCGAUCGAGUGGAGGCCGAAGACUGGAUCCGCCGCGUGAACGAGCAAGGCCCAGAUGCAAUCUCUUGGCUCUUCAAGGCUGCUAAUGAGGACAACCAUCCUGCUGCAAACUAUGCCCUCGGUGUCUGCUACCACGAUGGCGUUGGCGUCAACAAGGAUCCCGCGACCGCUGUCUACUACUACAAGCGGUCGGCUGCUGCUGGCCAGCCCCGCGGUGAAGGCAUCCUUGGCUACUGCUACGGCGAGGGCUUCGGUGUGGAAAAGGAUGAGAAGAAGGCAUUCGAGCUGUAUUACAAAGCUGCUAAUAGCCGCGAGUCCGUGUCGAUGUACAACGUGGCUCACUGCUACGAGGAGGGUGUCGGCGUGACUCGCGAUCUCGCGGAGGCGAUCAAAUGGUAUACCCAGUCGGCCAUCUUGGGCAACUGCUACGCCCAGAAUAGCUUGGGCUACAUGUACGAAGAAGGGCUCGGCGUCGAAAAGAAUGAGGGACAGGCCGUGCACUGGUACAAGCUGUCCGCCGAACAAGGAUAUCCUUGGGCACAGUGCAAUCUGGGAUUCUGUCUGCAGAAUGGUAUUGGUGUGCAGAAGGACGAGCGGCAAGGUGCCUACUGGUACCAGCAGGCCGCCAUUCAAGGCCACUCGCGCGCCCAGCACAAUCUGGGACACGCCUACCAGUACGGCAUCGGCGUCGAACAGAACGAAGCCCUUGGCGUGGAGUGGUACAGGCGAUCGGCAGCCGCAGGAAACUCCUUUGCCUUGCAUUCUCUGGGGUACUGCUACCAGUAUGGCAUCGGAACGCCUAUUGACGAGCGCAUGGCCGUGAGGCUCUACACCGAGUCUGCCAAACUGGGACAUGCUCCUGCCCAGCUCAGUCUCGGAUGCUGCUAUCGCAACGCCAUCGGCGUCGAGAUGAAUCAUCAGGAAGCCUUCAAAUGGAUCUACAGAAGUGCUCGCGGGCGCAAUGAUCUGGCACAAAACACGCUUGGCCACCUCUACGAAGAUGGAAUCGGCGUCAAGAAGGACAUGAAAAAGGCCGUCUACUGGUAUACUGUCAGCGCCAAGCAGGGCAACGUCUGGGCUCUGACAAAUCUGGCAGUGCUCUACGCCGAAGGCAAGGGCGUCCGAAAAAAUCUCAAAGAGUCAGUGCGUCUGUUGCGCCUGGCAGCCAAUGCAGGCCACACCCGCGCCCAGACAAGGCUUGCUCUUCAUUUGAUGAAUGGAGAAGGAUGCAAUGUCAAUCGCGAAGAGGCUGUUGCCUGGUAUGAAAAGGCCGCCAACAACGGCUCUGUGACUGCAAUGUCGGCUCUUGCGAGCUGCUAUGAGCUCGGCAUUGGAUGCACCCGGAACAUCGAAACGGCCAUCCAUUGGUACGAAAAGGCUGCUGCCUGGGGCGACCAUGCUGCCUCGGAGCGCCUGGUCGUGCUGAUCGCCAACCCCUCUCUGGCAGAUAGCCUGUUCCAGUACGGCUACGUCGCCCCUGCCGCCUGAUACUUCCCAGUCCAUCUCUGGCUGCGUCUGCUGGGUUGCUGGCCGUUUGGUGGCGACGUCCUCUGUGUCCAAGGGCAGCAACGACCCUGGUUCCUGCUCCUUGCCGCAGCCG